GCUAGAGAAAAUUACUAAUGGCGUCGUUCACCUCGGGGUUUGAAGACUUGAAUUAACAAGAAUCAGGAAUUGGCGUAGCAUUAUUGUAUUGUCUUCACAAUGUCUGGGGGACUGAAAUGUAAUCCUUUGACGGUUUCCUUGGUAACCAUCGGGACCUUGAUCACCAUAACCUGUAUGUUUAUUUUUGUGAUCAUCAAUAAACCAUUUGAUUUUGAUACUUGUGAGGAGGACUCAGGGGCCGUCGUAGAGACAGAGGUAACUCGUUAUGGGAUUGUCAUCCGAAUCGAUAUGAGUACCUCCACUCCCCAGCCGAAGCUCUUCUCUUGGAGCUACGAUAUCAACAGAACUAUGUCUCCUGUGGAAAGCCAGCCCUAUUCGUGUCAGCAGGAGACCAAGACUUUGGAGAAGCCACGGAUGUUUCUGCAGUCUUGCUUGGAAACAAUCAGUCGAGUCAUUCCGGCAGACAACCACCAGGACACGGAGGUGUACCUCAUCACCAGGGACACAGUCAACUCAGCACAACCACCUGACAGCCUCACUGCAGUCCGGGAAAUCAUCGCCAUAUUUCCUUUCAACACCAGCCGGGCGAACACUGAGGCGCCGUUCGCGGUGACAGACGAUGACAUCGCUAGGUAUCAAUGGAUCAUUGAAAACGCAGCGCUCGGGAACUUAAAUUCCGACUCGACAGUUGGAAGGGGAGAAGAGGCUUUGGACAUGUUGAGACCAACUCACGGCCUUCUUAACAUACGGACCACCUCACUACGUAUCACCUUUGCCGUAACAGGUGGGGGAGAUGUAACUACCUUAACCCCCACGGAUGAGUGGAGACAGAUGCGAGUGUACUCUGAGAAGUAUACACUCUACACGCGGGAGUUUCCUUGUUACGGUCUCAAUGCGGCUGACGCAAGGUUUAAGAAGCGACUUGUGUUGGAGAUGUAUAACUCGUCAGCUGAAGGAAUUGUCAACCCAUGCGCCCCGACUGGUUCUUUUGAGACGCUGACGAACUCCACUAGUGAUCUACGGUGCUCCACUCCAGCCCCAGCAUCGGCUGACCGACAUCUUCCGGUAUCGCUCCCUGGAGAGACAGAACCGUCCAACCACUCCGAGGAGGCAAGAUAUACACUAGAGGGCGUAGGGCAGUCUGAGGACUGCCGACGGCAGAUGAAGAUGCUGAUUCUUGAUGGGGAAGAGCUGCCAGCACCCCAGGGAGAUAUCAUUGCACUCUUUCCAAAGUUGCCUUUCGUUUUGGAUGACAUUGCUGCUCGGGAUUUUUCUACAAUUUGUAAUUGGACGAAUACGCCUAAGCCAACAGACACUUUUUUGACGGAAGGAAACUCAACGAGUCUGAAUCCUUGUUUUGUUGCGACUUACUUGAAAGAGUUGAUAUCUGAAGGACUGAAGAUCGACCAAGCCACUUGGGAUCGUACUGUCAUACGGGAAGAAGGCGGCGUAACAGAGUUGAACGAGGAGGACUGGAUCCACGGCUUCAUGAUCAGCACGUCCAGCGAGCUGAUACCCCCGCCCCUACCCUGCGUGUUGUCCGAGGCCAACCGGCUGGUGUUGGAGCGUAAACAGGCUGGCACCACGGCGGUGAUCGUGCUCAUCCUGAGUGGCUUGCUCUUGGUGUGCUUGGGCUACGGUAUUGCCUGCAAGAGGGGAGGGGAUAAUAACUGGGUGCCAUCGCCACUGGCAAUGUAUCAGUUCGAGGAGAACUGACGUCAUUAAUGUGCCAUACAUACAGGCUGCUUAGUGUGUGAAAAGGCAAUUUGACUGUUAGUCGAAAGAUAUCAUUGCUCACUCGAAUUACAAUCUUUGUUACUGUGGUAUAUGUUUAUUUAUUUUCUCACCAGUGCACUUAAGUGACACGGAGCACAUAAUAUCAUGGAUAUUAGAAUACUUUCACUGUGGAGUUUAAGAUUAAAAACUGAUGAAAAACUGAAUGAAGUGGAAAAUUGCACUUAGUAGUGCCGAUAGUGCUUGGUUUUUCUACAUCAAUGGUUUUAAUUUCUGGACUGAUUAGGUGUACACAGCGUCAGAUUUACUUGGAAUUGUGAGUUGUGUAGCGUUUGCCGUCAACGUCAUGAAAACCCGAACUUGUUAAUUUGUUUACUUCAGCGAUAAGAGAUUUUUCAGUUAAGAACGGAACAGGUAGUGUUUUGCUGGCUAUUCUUUUAAAAAAAGAUGACUUAGUUAGUGAGCGAGGUGACAUUAACAUUGAAUCUGACCUGAAAUAAAUCGGUAAUAAGUUAUUUUGA